ACUUACUCAACAGUGCCCGUGUAGAGUUUAACGUGGUUGAAAUAUGGUGAACGAAGUUUAUCUUGGUUGAAUCAAGGUGAACGCAGUUUAACUUGGUUGAAACAUUGCGAAAAGUGUUAAAUUUGGUUGAAAUAUGGUGAACGGUGUUUAGCUAAAUUGCAGUGUUUAUAAAGACCAAAAUGGCACACAGGAAGGUUCAGUUGAGGCAGAAGAGGACAAACAAGAGGGAUCGUUGUGUUUCUAUGGGAGGAAGGAUUGAACUUUAUGAAUCAGAAGAUUUCCAAGGUAACCAACUAGCAACAGGAGACGACUGUAAAUGUCUCCAAAAAAAAGGCUUGGAGGACGUCCGUUCAGUCAAGGUCAUCGGCAAGGACGUAUGGGGAUUUUAUAAAGGUAGCAAUUUCCGGGAGCGUAGUUUUGAACUGGAAGAAGGGGAUUACCCUAACCUCAGGACAAUUAAGGACAAAGAUGACGUCAUAUCUUCUGUCAGACCGUUAUGGAUGGAGAUAUCGGAGCGAAAUUUCUUACCCCAUGGCGAUAUGUACAAUCAACAAUACGCCGCCCUGGCGGCUUGGUUUCUGGGACCAAAGGGAGAGAACAAAGAUAUAUUUGCAGACCUAGCCAAAGAGGCUGUUGCUGCUCAUAUAGACUUUCGGACGAACUAUUACCCCACCGACAAACCGUACAUCACUGAAGACAUUAAGGCAGCGCGUGCUUACCGAGACGAGGUCAAAGAGCUUAGAAACGAAUUAAUGAAGAUGACAGAGGAAUUGAAAGAGUGUACACCAAACCAUAGUCUCCGCUAUGAGGGUCAUAUGUUGUGGGAUACUGCAAUGCCUGCUAAUCUGGGAUAUAUCGCGGCAUUGCUUUACAACUCCAACAACGUCACGAGGGAGGCUAGUCCUGUGACCACAAGCAUGGAAGUACAAGUCGGAAAACAGAUCUGUGAAAUGCUCGGGUACAGUUUUGGACAGAAACCGGAACCGUGGGGUCACCUCACUUGUGGGGGUAGCGUAGCUAAUAUCGAAGCCACGUGGGCUGCACGCAACGUCAAAUAUUAUCCAAUUGCAAUUCAAAAAGCUGUUAUGACUGAACUAGAGUUGCAAGACGCGGCGGACUACGAAGUGUUCGUACCGAGGCUUGAUACGAAACAAAAGCUGACGGAAGUUUCAACAUGGGAUUUACUGAACCUGGACAUUGAUGAUAUCGUUCGAAUUCCAGAAGACAUGGCUCGGAUUGGGAUCUCUGACGAUGUUCUCACAGAAUGUUUAUCUAAAUACAGUUUACAAAGUUUGGGAUUUUUAAAAUUCGCAAUAGUGCACGGUCUUACGGAAGCUCCUGUUGUUGUGUCUCCAGCUUCCAACCAUUACUCUUGGACUAAAGCAGCGACUUUACUUGGAAUAGGCUCAGAAAACCUCAUCUCAGUGAUGUUUGAUAGGAAUGCCCGGAUGAGUAUUGAUGACUUAAAACGGAUCUUGAGUGGUUUACUGACGAGGCAAGUGCCCGUCAUUGCUGUUGUCGUUGUCAUCGGUACGACGGAACACGGAGCAGUUGACCCUCUAGCUAAGGUCGUCAACCUGCGCAAAGAGUUUCGGGAAAAGGGUUUGAAUUUCUGUGUGUGCGCAGACGGAGCGUGGGGAGGUUAUUUUACAUCUAUGCUUCAUUCCAAAAGUACUUCCCGGGCUACAGUGAUAAAAGAUCACGGCGGAUACAUCCCGAUGUUUCCUCUCAGCCCCUACACCCGGAAACAGCUUCUCCAUCUUAAAUACGCUGACACUAUCACUCUGGAUCCCCACAAAUCCGGCUACUGUCCAUAUCCUGCCGGUGGUCUAUGCUACAGAAAUGGCGCUAUGAGAGGAUUUGUUCAGAUAGCAGCUUCUGUUAUAUACCAGAACGAAGACGAACCGGAUGUUGGGAUGUACGGAGUUGAGGGGUCUAAACCCGGAGCAGCAGCUGCAGGAGUGUUAUUGGCCCACAGGGUCAUCGGCCUUGACAUGUAUGGUUAUGGAAGGAUAUUAGGGCAAUGCAUGAUGGGAGCAAAACUUUUCUACUGCGCAUGGCUGACUGUAGCCAAUGACGAUGACAACUUCGUCUGCAUUCCCAUGAAACCUCUGCCAAAGGAGGAGGAUUCAGGGAUACCAAUGUUUUCCUUUAAAAAAGACCGAGCUUUGACAGAAGCUAGGCGAUUCAUUAACGAAAACAUUAAGGGCAAAAGUAAUGAGGAACUGAAAAAGGACCGUGACGUAAUGACUUUCCUGAGUGACAUAGGAUCUGAUGCUUUGAUCAACGCCUUUGCCGUCAACAUCCGAGGAAAUACUAAAAUUGACAUAACUAACAGACUCAACUCGACAUUGUUCGACAAAUUAUCACACACCAGUGUAAGCAAGAAAGCUGUGAAGCGAAUACCUCUGAUACUUACCAAGUCUGAACUGAAGCAUUCUGGAAAGGACAAAGCUGCUUCACAGUUUAAGCGGAGAUUAGGGCUCCCACCGGCCUGUGAAGGUGGCCUAGUCUUUCUUAUCAACACCGUCAUGAAUCCCUGGGUCGCCGAUCAGGACAGCGUUCAGUCUUUGGUCAGCUGCUUCCGUCAAGUCGUCAAGACUACGGUAGAAGAGAUGACAGAUUCCCCGGAAAGACAUAUAUUUAUUGUUGCUAGUCCUUUGAGUAAUGAUACCGGGGAAAUUUUCUGUGAUUUUUACCCAAACGAAUACAACGAAAAAGAAAGUAACUACCAAGCCGUUAUCAAAUUUAAAGUGGACAGUAGAUUCAAAAUGGAGCUUUUCGAACUGAUUGAACAGCAAGUCGAAUUAUCUUUGAAUGGAAGUAAUGCCAAAGAAAUCAUAUUCCGGAACAAUGUGAAGACAACUCUGAUAGAUAUGUUACGUACUGGCCGCCAGAGGGCGAUCAGAAUGAACGUAUUUGUUGGCAUGGAAUCUGAGACGCCCAUCAUGACCAACCUACCUGUCACAAUAUCGGAUGUCCCUCUCUACAGAUACUUUGAGAAAGUGACUACUGAGUACCCUUCUUACAUGACGUACUUCCUGUUCGGAGAUGAAAAUGGCGCAUACAUGACCCAUCAUAUUUCUCUCCGUCCGGAUUUUUACCAGUUGGUCCGACUCGACCAGAUACCACACAGUAUAUCACCCUCACUGCUGCAACAUGGGAUCCAGAUACACAUUUCCACUAUGACAGGAGACCCUCUCGUCCUUGACGGAGAUAUCGUCGACCCUCUUCAAAUGUCGGAAUACACAGUACAUCUUAUUGCAGAGGGAGGGGCUCAUAUCAGAUCUACAAUAAAGUUCAGUAGGCGGAACGCCAAAAUAUUCUUCCUGCCACUUCGAACGCAAACACUUACGGAAUCUCGGUGUCUUGAGUUCCGGUCUUCUGUCAAUUUUAAUGGUAGUAUAAAUAUUGAGGUGCAUGAUUGUUCCAAUGAGGAACCUGUGACACAGGACGUGUUAGAGACCUCUGUAUAGAGCUUACAUUUUACAUUGUAGGUGCGUAAACAUCAAAAUUUGUGACAACGGAAUUCAUAUAGAUUCUUGCUUAUUUCAUAGGUGCAUGAACCUCUCAGUCUAACCAUGUGACAGUUGAUGGGACAUAUACCGCUCCAGGAAUACAGUGUAGAGGUCAAUGAAUUUCAUAUGAAAUUGAAUGAAUUUGGAAGAAGUUUUUCAGUGUAAUUCAAUGAUAUAUGAACCUUGAAUAGGUGCAUGAAUAUCAAAAUCAAACAUUUUUACGUGAAUGUGAUCCACUUCUCAUCAUUGUAGACAUCUUAAUUAGAUAUGUGAAUAUGAUUCACAAACGACUUUCAGUAUUUUGUCUAAAAUAAGUGUUGUGAUAAUCUUAUAUAAGUGGCCUUCAUGAUUCAAAUCAAUAAUUUUGAAACAAUUCGUGCGCACACUUUUUGUCCAUUUUCUGCAUUCAAAAACAUUCAGUGUUUAAGUAGGUGAACAUACUUCUGAAAUUGUCUGUUAUUUUCAUCAAUAUACCGAGUACAGUAGUCUCCCUUUGAACUGUACUCGACAGUCAAGUGCGGCUACAUCUGUUUCUUUAAUAGAUCUUUGAUCUUUCUCUAUGUGUUAUUAUCCAUAUCUUACGUCAUUCCCGAUUCUUAAUAUAAACAUAGUGACCGGCUUUCAGUUUCUGAAUUCCUAUUUCGUUACUGACUCUAGUGUAUUCAGGAACGAAUUUGUUAUCAUUAAUGCGUGCAUUUUAUUAUACUAAAACUCUACUGAGUUUAUUACAAUUGUUUACUGAAAGAUUCAGUUAAACAAAAGUUAAAAGGGAUAACCAUCUAACAAAUAUGUGCUCAAAUUUAAUCAGCUUCUGUAUACCGGAAAAUGUUCGUCCCCGUAUAAUUUUCACCCUUUUCUUCCAUGAACAGGGACGGCGAACAUGAUAUUGGGGCGAAAUUAAAUUGCACAUUUUUAACCCUUUUAUAUGUAACCCUUUUAUAUAAUUCUCCUAGGGCGAAAUGAACAUGAGGCGAACUUACCUGGGAUGAGAUUAUUAGCCAAGAGUAACCUAUUGAAAUCUCUCUUACGCAACUUCUUUUAAAAGUUUAAUUUGCUUUUCAUUUAUAUAUGUACAGCAAGUAUGUACCUGCAGUUUAAUAUAAUUCCGUUUUUAUCUAAAUAUAUGUACUUGUAUUUUUCAGGACAAGUCUGCGAGAAUCAACUGUCAACUAACCUCUAGAGAACCGUUAGAACAUAACAUUAACACACUUUGGUGUUUAGUUCAUAAACAAACUGAAAAUGUCACGUCCACGUUCAAACUUUUGCAUCAUAAGGCAUUACAUCUCAAAAUGAAAAUGUCCAUCAUAUUUUUUUUCCAUCACCCGCCCAACGAAGUUGGCGGAGAUAUUCAACUGGGUUCCAUGCGUCCGGAUGCUGGUUUUAGCAUGAUACGUUUUGAAUGACUGAUUGGAUUUUGAUGAAGCUUGAUUGGUACACAUGUUACCUUGAUCCUUUGCCCAAGUUUGAUUAAUGGCGAAUUCCGUGCUUAUUUAAUGAGACUGCUGUGCCCUGAUUGGCUGAUUUCUUUAAUCACUCUAUGGGAAUGUUUUCUACACAUUAUCUUGUGAAGUAAUGACAAGAUGUUUUAGGAAACUUGCCUUGUAGAAUUAUAACCUGAAUUUCUUGUUCAGGUUUGAUGAUCGGCAAAUUCUAUGCAUAUUUAGUGAAACUGCUGUGACGUAAUUGGCUGAUUUCUUAAAUCUCUUAAGGAUCGCGUUACGCACUUCUUUCAAAGGAAUUAUCAUCUUCUUAUGAGUCUUGCUAAGAAGACUUAGUACCUUAACUACACACUGAAGUUAGAUUACGAUUAAUUCCGCAAAUAUCUAAUGAAGCUGCUGUGACCUCAAUGACUGAUUGCUUUGCAAAGGAAAUCUGCCUACGUAAUAAUAAAAUCUAGAUGGGACUUGAUAUAUAUAUAUAUUACGUAUGGAGACUGAUUAAACAAGCUGCUUGUACCUGAUUGUAUGAUUGCUUUCGGCAGGAUAUCUUCUGAAGAUAUAAUAACUUUCAUUUUCCAGCAUUCAAAACGAAAAUAAAGGUGUGAUAAGAUGAUUUCAACAUUCACAGUAUCAUGCUGUUAAAUUGUUGUUAUAUUGAUCACUUUCAACAAUCGAGCUUUAACCGCCAUAUAAACAAUAAAUGGUUUUAAAACUUG